CGCUCCUGGUCCAGGGCCAGUACAGCAGGUUUGAGGGCAUUACCUACCCGGAGCCGGUGCAAUACUCCCAGUAUGACCAGCAGGCAGAAAUUCAGGAUUACUACGACUAUCACGAUGUGACCCCGCGCACCCCCGAGGAGCAGUUCCGCUUCCAGUCCCAGCAGCAAUCCCAGCAGGAAGUUGUGCCAGCUCCGACCCUGGCUGCUGCCCUCGAGACCGAGCCCACAGAGCCCGGACCCCUGGACUGCCGGGAGGAGCAGUACCCCUGCACCAGGCUCUACUCCGUCCACAAGCCCUGCAAGCAGUGCCUGAACGAGAUCUGCUUCUACAGCCUCCGCCGGGUCUACGUGAUCAACAAGGAGAUCUGCGUCCGCACCGUGUGCGCCCACGAAGAGCUGCUGCGGGCCGACCUGUGCCGUGACAAGUUCUCCAAGUGCGGCGUGAUGGCCACCAGCGGGCUCUGCCAGACCGUGGUCGCCUCCUGCGCCCGCAGCUGCGGGGGAUGCUGAACCCCCCCCCCGCCCCCAACCUCGCCGGGACGCAGCCCGGCUCCUCCACCUGGUGCUAUAAAGGAACCGUGCAUGAACGAGCGGAACGCCAAAGAGAAAGUCCAGUUUUGUGCACAUAAGAAUAAAUAAGGGCUUGGGAGGGGGGGGGGGGGG